AUGGACACACAGAGCAACGAAUGGAUUAUCGAAUGGUGUUUGGAUCGAAAGGAGAAAUACGGAAGUGAAUCAUCGCUUGCGAAAGAGGCAGCAGACUCUCAGGUUUCCUGGUGCUCGCCAUGCACUACUCCCGGGCGCGCUAGUGAACCCUGGAGCAGCGGCGUUUCUAGCCCAGGCGAAGGCGUUGGGCGCAACACCAACGACAGGCUCGGGAACGACGCUCAUCCGCAGCGUCGUUGCCUUCUAUUGCCUCGUCUCGUUGAAUCUCCCGAAAAGGCCGAGAAGCGGCCGGCCUCAGCUGACAAGCGACGUCGUUGCUUCGUGACCGAGUCGCCACGGAGCGGCAGUGCGCAACGGCGGCGUCAGUUAUGGCUCUCAGCAAGCCACUCUUUCGAAGGCAGAGUUUCUCUUGAUGCACUUCAGGCAGAGCUUGAGGCUGCAGCCCGCCGCCGAGAGGAGAAACAACGGUAUAGACAAGAGCGAGUUCGCCAACAUUGGAAAAGAGUGCUGCUCAAGGCAGCUGAAGCUCGCACAGCGCUCGCAGAACGUUAUCGACAUCAAUGGUUAGCCAAAGAGCGUGCCAUGGAGGCAGCGGCCGUGAAGCGGGAGCGAGAGCGAGUCCGUAACGCCAGAAGGGUGCGUAACGCGUCGAGAGCGCUGCACCGCCGCCUGGCGAUAGUACCCGGCGAUGGUAGCCCGUCUCAGUGUCGCGGUCAGGGUCGUUACCCAGAAACGGACGAUGCCGUGCAAACUGAUACAUCGUCCAAAGAGCUUGCCGAGCGAGCGUCUCCUCACCCGGAUUCAGCUUCCGCGACGUAUUUGGAAAGCGCGUCCGCUUACCCUAUAUCGGAGCAGAGGAUUUCGCCAGAACUCCGUGGAUCGCAGGCGAACGCAACAAGAAAAUCGAGGGAAAGUGCAAACCAGAAUGAGAGCGCAGAAGAGUCGUGCUCACGGCCAGAGCCUCCAGCUCGUCAGGCAACGCAUGCGGUGCCUUGUCAGGAGCUCGAAAUUGCCGCCGCAGCAUGUUGCUAUCUACAUAGAGCGGGCUUUCCUUUACGGGCUGGAAUAUCGUUCGAGGAGGCCACCAGAGAACAUCUACAGGUACCGGCAUGUAUUCAGCAUGCUGAUCAGCUUUUGAAAGCGCUCACAGGUUGGAUUCAGGCCCAGGAGCGUGCACUGAUUGCGAUGGAUGCGGCAAACUCGGCAGCACCCUCUGAAUGCAGGCUUCACAGCCGAGGUGAUGGACGGGUGUUCCUGGCCUCGUUCCUGGUGCACAGGUUCCCAGAAUAUGCGCUGGGCGACCAAACAGCGGAGCAUCUGUGUGCUUUCGCACGCAAUUUGGUAGAUCGCUUUGCACAGCUUGCUGCUGCUGCUGCCACCAAACCCCGUACUGACAACCAGUUUGAGCGGAACAUUGCUGGAUUCGUCCAGUCCUGGCGAUGCUGGAAACGAGCCUUCAUUGCGUGGAAACGCAGGGAUGCGGCGCAGCUUCUCGAGGGACUCGCCCACGAACUCGCCGCAUUGGACAAGCUACGCGGUACUGUCAGGAGCGCGACAACACAUCAAUCGGCGACAGUGGCAAACCAGACGAUCGGAUACUGGGAGCGCGAAGUCAACCAGUUACAAGACCGGCUGCAUGAAAUGACGAGACUCGUCGGCGGUGUCCAGGCCGAGCGCUAUGUCCAGCGGCUGGCAACUCGGUUGGUCUCUGCGGCGCCGGAGACAGAGCCCGGCGCCCUAACAGCCGAACUGGACGCCGUCUCCGGACUGGUGCGCGAUACCAACCAAGUAGCAGCCGCUGGUCUCGACGUGAACACUGUUCUCGCGCACGAAAUCCUGGUGGACUUGCCAUCUUUCCGCGAACGGGUGCAAAGUUCAUGCGCUGCCGCCUGGCCGAUUCCAAGCGCGCUCUCGAGGCGUAUCCACUGCUGGCUACGCAAAGCUUAUUUUGAUCGUUUUCGCGAGGCGCUUGUUUGUAAGGCCUACGUAACCCUCUUCGUGGAUGCAGUGCGCGAUCUGCGGGAGGUCUUGCGGCAGUUGCUGCCGCCGCCGCCACCCUCGAAAACGCCCCAAUCAUCGUCGUUAUCCGCUCGGCGAGAGGACGAUUUCCCUGCAGAGGAUCCACAACGGCAACGCCGUACGCUCUACGCUGCCGAGGUCGAGCGGAUGCAUGAUGUAAUCGACAGAGAACUGGAUCCGUCUUAUUGGCGUCAACGCCUGGAAGCGCUCAUCGAGGCAGAGAACUCGACGACAUCGACAUCGAAUCAGACGCUGCUACGCCAAGUCGCACUGGAGUCGCUCGCGCAUAUCAUCUUUAUUGCCGUGCAGGUUCUUUUCCUGGUCCAGAUGCCGGCUAAGGACGCGUCACUCGUGCAAGCAUGGGCACCAGCAGCCGAUCGUGCCGCUGGAGUCACCGGGGAGAAGGCGGUGCUACGGCCGCCGACGCGGCACGCGGUCGCAAAAGCCCUGCAGGAGCGCAUCAAUCAGCAUUCGUUGAUCGAAGAUGCCAUCGUGCAUGUCUGGGAGGAGCUGUUCGAUCUCAUUGAGGAUCGUCAACGAGAUUUGCGUAUCGCUCGGAUCGAGCGCAUGAUACCGCUGGUUCAGCAGUUUGGGCCUGCGCGGGAGUACGCUGUCAUGAUGAACAAGUUCCCGGGCCUGCCCCGAAGUCGUCAGUGGUUAGCGACUUUCGGCGCGUCCGCUGGCAUCCAGUCUGGUUCAGAAGGCGCCAAGAUGCCCGCUCCGAGGAUCGACGCAGAAUCGGCUACCGCGGGCACUAGACCUUUGCUGAACCCGCAUCGACGAACGCAGCGGGAUCUGAUGACAACGCUGGGAUUCACGCUGCAGCGUGUACUGAUCUGGACGUUUACACACCCCGAGGCGGAGAGCCUGCUGAGCCCCGAGCAAAUCCCCGAGAUGCUCCUCCUGGAUCGGGAUCGUCUCCUCUCAUGGCGAAACGCAGGCAGGUGUCUUGUCGAGAAAGCGGCGAUGCUCCUGCGUACGCGCCACUGCGUGUACACAGGAGCAAAUCUCGGCGCUCAGCCAGAUGAGGUUUGGAGCGCGCUGCACGCUGCCAUCAAGGCAAGUGGGCACGGCCUGAAUACUUCGAACGUCGCCGAACGCAUCCUUGAUGCCAUCGAAUGCACCCUGGUAUCGCUGGACCUCGACGUCGCUGCGAGAACAGAGAUUAUCCGUCGUCUGCGAGCGGCGCAGGUAGAAGCAGAUGCGCUAGAUACAUUGCUGGAGAGGCGCCUUGCCGAGUUGUUGAGUGCACGGCAAGUCAGGGAGCUCCCUGCGACGUAUCGCGUUUUUGGCACUUGGCAUGAGGAGCUCAGGCAUUUCCACAGCCAAAUUCAACACUUGGGAAUGCAUUUGGCGCACACUUACGCGCCUAUACUGGAAGUGAUCUGGCCUGAAACGGUAUCGCAGGUUGCGUCUACGGAAACACCACAAGCUGCAUCCGAAUACGAGUGA